AUAGCAUGAAAACACAACGACCAAAAAUCAUAAAUUAGUUGUGCCCUUUAAUCUUCACAAUUAAACAACUUAAGCUACAGCAACAUCAUGCUAAGUCCGGACGGCGUCAAAAGAUAAGAAGAUACGAGCUCAGGAACGUGACGUCUGCAAAGAAAAAAGGAGAUGAUCUCUUGAUCUCGGGAUGGUGUUUGAUCAACGCGUCGGGUAGGGGGAUCAUCACAGAUCACCGGUUGCCUCCCCUCGGAGGCGGAUAAAAGACGCCAUUUGUUCCUCCCCCGGGAUCACGCCAAAGGGGUCGAGGUCUGGGAGUCGAGCCAGUCCAAGAGACAGUACCACUGUCGAGGAGAAGACACUCUCAUCUGCUCUCCGGAGGAAGACGUCCUCUGACCGCCAUGGAGGUGCUGUGGAAGCUGCCCAAGCUGACGGAAGACCCGUCGUGGAAGGCGCUGGACCGAUACUACAAGCGGAAAGGCGACGAGCUCAACAUCUACGAAAUGAUGAAAAAGGAUCCGGCCAGGUUCCGAAAGCUAAGCCUGGAACUGAAGACGCCGUCCGAUGGAAGCAUACUUUUUGACUACUCGAAAAACAGGAUCGACGAGGAAGGGAUGUCGCUUCUGUUCAAUUUGGCGAGGGCGAGGCGCGUGGAGGCGGCCAGGGACGCCAUGUUCGCCGGCGAGAGGAUGAACUUCACGGAGGAGCGCGCCGUGCUGCACGUGGCGCUGCGCUGCCGGGGCGGCGCGCCGAUCAUCGUCGACGGCCGCGACGUGGCGCAGGACGUGGCGCGCGAGCUGCGGCGCGUCAAGGAGUUCAGCGAGCAGGUGAUAUCAAAGCGCUGGAAAGGUUACACUGGGAAACCGAUAGAAGACGUCAUCAACAUUGGUAUUGGUGGAUCUGACUUGGGCCCGCUGAUGGUGACGGAGGCGCUGCGGCCGUACGCGGUGGGGCCGCGGGUGCACUUCGUGUCGAACGUGGACGGCUCGCACCUGGCCGAGCAGCUGCGCCGCGCCGACCCGGAGACGGCGCUGUUCGUCGUCGCGUCCAAGAGCUUCACCACGAGGGAGACUCUGGUCAACGCGGAGUCCGCCAGGCGCUGGUUCCUGUCCAAGGCGGGGGACCCGUCGGCGGUGGCCAGGCACUUCGUGGCGGUGACGACUGAUGCGGAGAAGGCCAAAGAGUUCGGCGUGGACGAGCGCAACGUGUUCCGCUUCUGGGACUGGGUGGGCGGCACCUUCUCGCUGUGGUCCGCCAUCGGCCUGCCCAUCGCGCUGUCCAUCGGCUACGACAACUUCGAGAAGCUGCUGGACGGCGCCUUCUUCGCCGACACGCACUUCCGUUCGGCGCCCCUCGAGCGGAACAUGCCGGUUAUCCUGGCCCUGCUCGGCGUGUGGUACACCAACUUCUACGGCGCGGAGACUCACGCCCUCCUGCCCUAUGACCAGUACCUCCACCAGUUCCCCACCUACUUCCAGCAGGCCGACAUGGAGUCCAACGGCAAGUCCGUGGUGCGCAGCGGGGAGACGGCGGCCCACCACACCUGCCCCGUGGUGUGGGGCACCCCGGGCACCAACGGCCAGCACACCUUCUUCCAGCUCAUCCACCAGGGCACGCGGCUCAUCCCCUGCGACUUCAUCGCCCCCGUGCGGACGCACAACCCUCUUGGGGACGGCCUGCACCACAAGAUCCUGCUGGCCAACUUCCUGGCGCAGACGGAGGCCCUGAUGAAGGGCAAGACGGCCGACCAGGCCCGCGCCGAGCUGGUCGAGGCCGGCAUGUCCGGGCCGCAGCUGGAGACGUACCUGCCCCACAAGGUGUUCAAGGGCAACAGGCCGAGCAACUCCAUCGUCUUCAAGAAGUUCACGCCCUUCACCCUGGGAGCCCUCAUCGCUAUCUACGAGCACAAAAUCUUCGUCCAAGGAAUACUCUGGGAUAUCAACUCCUUCAACUAUUGGGGUAGGGUGGAGCUGGGCAAGGAGUUCGCCAAGGUCAUCGAGCCGGAGCUGGAGGGCGACGCCGCCGUGUCCAGCCACGACCCGUCCACCAACGGCCUCAUCGACUUCAUCAAGGGCAACUUCUGAGCUCCGCCGCCCGUCGGCGCUCGUGUCGCGGCGACUGCGUGGGCCGGCAGCCAUACGCGCGUCGGGAGACGCUGUCGCCAACCUCGAGAACAAAAAAAAAACACAUUAUUCUUUCUCCUUGUACGAAAAUAAAAAGAGUUGGGAAAAUUUAAAAA